AAUUUGAGGUACGAGACAAAAUGCAAGUGGCUUGAAGAAGCUUUAUUGUGACUGACUUUGAUUUCAACAUCAUAAAUUAUACAAAGCAUCACUCAUCGAUUCCUUCCUUCCAUUAACUUAUUUAUUUGACAGCUUGUAACAAAAUGAGAUAUUUUACAGGGGAUGAGAGUGGUUUAGUGAAAUAAAAACGUACAAAACGUGCCAAAAAAGCAGAAAGUGAAGACGGUGAAGAAGAAAAGAAAGAAGACACACUUCAACCAUUGAUAGGCGUUUUUGGUCGAGUCAGUAAAGAGUUGGCAGUUCAAAAGAUGAUGUGGGCCACCUUGAACGACACCAAAGUGUUGAUAGUGGCUCGACAAAAUGGCUCGAUACAAUUUUUAUCACCCGAAAAUGGAACAGUUUUGAAAGAAUUUAAGAAUAAACAUGUUGGUUUAGAAAAAGAACAAGGACGUUUUGUUGGUGUUUCCAUUCAUAACAACCAUCUUUGUGUAUGCACCUCAACGGGAGAUUUAUCUUAUACACCACUUGAUGUAGAUGAUGUAAAUGAGACACAAUCGAUUGCUGAACUAGGACCUGACCUGGAAAUAAUGCGUGCACAUCCUGUCAAAACUAAUAUUUUUGGCAUAGGUGGCAAAGAGAGAGAUUUGACUCUGUUUGAUUUGGAUGUUCUCAUGAAACAAAAAGAAGAAGAAACAACAACAGCAGCGGAAACUGAUAUGAACCCAGCAGGACCUCAUCAAAAUACUUCAGCUCAUAAAAAGAAGAACACAAAAGCAAAAGGCAUGAUCUUCCAAGCUAAAAAUAUUCAAAAUGAUUUCUUGGACUUGAGACAACCGGUCUGGAUCCAUGAUUUUCAAUUUGUGGAUAAAGACGCCACGAAAAUUGCGGUUGUCACCCAUUAUCACCAAUUUCGUUUAUAUGACACGAAAAAAGGACGUCGACCAUGUAUCAAUGCAGAAAUUGGAAAGAACCCAUUAAGAGCUCUUUGUCUCGGAACAGAUCUCAACCAUGUAGUUUAUUCGGAUACCGCUAGUACAGUGGGCAUGAUCGAUAUUCGUACUGGCAAAAAAGCUGCAUUAUUCAAAGGAUUUACUGGCUCUGUUACAGAUGUCAUCACAGUACCACAGCCAACAUUGGACAAUGAUGAUAAAAAGGGACAUUCCAGCGAACCUGUCAUGGUCAGUGUAUCUUUGGAUCGAUUUUUAAGAGAACACGAAACUACCACUGUUUAUCGUCGAAUGUUAAACAAGGCUUACUUAAAACAACGCUUAACCUGUGUACUAGUAGAUGAAGAGUAUGAAUACCCUGUGCCUAAAGUGAAAACAGCAGAAGAAGAGGAAUUGGAAGAAGAAGAGGCUAUGUGGGAGUCAAUGGAAGUAGUAAAAGAUCGCAAAAGAAAACAUAGAAGCUAAUUGCAGUACUCGGCAACAAUAAUUUUUUGUACAGUUAUCAUUCCUUUACCUCAUCUGCAUCAUGAUCAGCCAUUAAUAAAAGGUCUAUCUCUUUUCAUUUUGCCUUUUUACCUUGUAUUGAGCUAGAACGAGCAGG